UUUUCGCAACAAUAUAUAUAACAUUCAUAAAAUCAUUUUAAUAAAGCUAUAUAAACUUUAAAAAGGAUUGAUUAUUUUCACUAUAUGCAUUUUUUGUUUUCUUCAAAAUGGAUUUUCUACGCACAGAUGCUAUUUUUAUGGAAGUUCUCCAACAACAAAGAACAAUUGUCGGCUUUUUGGAUGCAGUAUUUGGUUUUCUUCUAAGAAAUACCGAAUUUUACCAAUACCAAACGGACAUUGAAAAAAGGGAUCGUGAAUUUAUGGUUUUAACGGCAAUGUCGCGUUAUGACCCCGCAACAUCUUUAGCAAACAUUUUCGUUCAAAACAUGACGUGUGACGAAAACCAUGUACCACCUGCAGCAGAGGAAGUUGAAAUUGAAACGGAAGAAAUACAUGAAGGCACCGAAGGAACCCAUGAGGACACAAAAGGAAUAAAUGAAGACACGGAAGAAAUGCAGGAGGACCCCAAAGAAAUACUUGAGGACACAGAAGAAACACAUGAGAACACAGAAGGAAUACAUAAGGACACUGAAAAAAUACAUGAGGAUACCGAAGAAAUAUGUGAGGACACAAUAGAAAUAAAUGAGGAUACCGAAGAAAUCCGUGAGGACACCACAGAAAUACAUGAGGAAACAGAUAAAAUAGAAGUUGAAAUGAAAGAAUUACAAGAGGAAACUGGCGAUGUUUCUCCUGCUCUAGAACAACUUAAAAUAGAAAAAAAGAAGAAAGAACAAACUACUAUAUUAAUUGAAGAAGACAAAAAAACUGUCGCAAAAAUUGAGCAAAAAGAUGUUUCUAGAGUACACGGCUUCUCAGCUGCUGAUUACGAAAACGGCUCUUGUUUUGAAAAUUACUGCUGGGCACAAACACAGACAGAAUUAGAAUUGCACAUUAAAUUACCCUCCGACUUAAGUAGUUCCAAAUUAAUUCUCAUUGACAUAAAAUCUGAUAACAUCUUGGUACGCAGUCGAAGUGAUCCUAAUGAUGUUAUCAUAAGUGGCCAACUGAGCAAUCGUGUCAAAAACAAGGACGUAGUUUGGACAAUUAACGAGGAAAAAUUAACAAUUUGUUUGGAUAAACGCUCUCAUAUUUGGUGGGACAGAUUGUUUUGUGAAGAAGAUCCGAUUGACCCGAAGAAAAUAAAAUGUGAACGUUAUAUAGAUGAGCUACCGGAAGAUUCGCAAGCAGCAAUACAAAAAAUACAUCUUCAACAAAUGGAACAAAACAAUCAAAAUAAUGAACCUGAGAAAACUUUUAGCAAUGAAGAAAAGAUGAAACGUUUACGUAAAGCAUGGAAUGCAGAAGGAUCACCAUUCAAGGGUCAGCCAUUCGAUCCAUCCCUUAUAAAAUUUAGUUAGGGAAUCGAAUAAAACGCUUAGAAUGCAAUUUUUGGUAGAAAAUAUUUAUUAUAGAAUACGUUAUGGCAAAUAAAGAUAUUUAUACUUUUAAAAAUGAGAUUUGUGCAAUGAGAAACAUAUUAAGUACCUAGUUUAGUAAUUUCUACUAAUUUAAUAGCAAAUAAUAUUAUUGAAAUAGUUUUAGGAAAUCCCAAUAAAAAUUAAAUUCCGUUACGACUCUUUCGCGUCA